UUUAAUUCUUCAUUUCGAAGAAUAUCAUGCCAUUCCACACAAGAUCUUCACUUUUCUAGUGAACUAGAAUUUCAAAAAUGGAAAACUGACAUGGAAAAAAAGAAUUUUCUUCAUAUGUCACAUACAGUCAUCCAUAUACGACUGCAGAGGGCAUUAAGAAACAGAAUUAUAUUUGCCAUCGUUCAGGUUUUUAUGUGAAAAAGGGUAAGGAUAUGCGAUAUUUAAAAACCAAAGGAAGCAGAAAAAUUAAUGGAAUAUGUCCUUCUCGAUUGAAAGUUUGUAUUUUACCAGAAAAUGGCAAUGUUAAAAUUAAUUUUAUACAAACUCACAUUGGUCAUGACAAUGACUUGGGUCAUUUGAAUAUUACUAAAAAUGAAAAAAUAGAAGUAGCUAGUAAAAUUGCUUCGAAAAUUCCUCUUGUUUCCAUAUUAGAUGAGAUUAGAGAUUCUGUAACUAAUAAUAAGUUGGAAAGGAUGCAUAUCUUAACAAGAAAAGAUCUUCAUAAUAUAUCACAAACUUUUAAUUUAAAUUCUGAUGGAAUUCGCCAUAAAAAUGAAGUUAUAAGUAUUGAAUCCUGGAUUGAAGAAGCCAAGAAUAGUGGAAUAAUUUUAUAUUACAAGCCACAAGGGGCUUUAUGUAAUGAUUUUCCUUGUUUAAAAAAUGAAGAUUUUCUGUUAAUUGUUAUGCAUCCUGGUCAACUGGAAGUGUUAGACAAAUACUCAGAAGAUGUAAUUUGUAUCGACGGAACACAUGGACUUAAUGCUCAUGAUUUUGAACUUACUACAUUGUUAAUAUUGGAUGAUAUGAGGGAGGGAUUUCCUUGUUGUUUUAUGAUUGGAAAUCGGUCUGAUGAGGAAAUAAUGACUAUUUUUUUCAUGAAGAUAAAAGAAAAUUUAGGAAGAGUAAUCAAACCCAUGGUUUUCAUGUCAGACAUGGCCCAAUAUUACUAUAAUGCAUGGCUCCAAAUUAUGACUCCAGCUAAAUUCAGGCUAUUCUGUUCCUGGCACGUAGAUAAAUCGUGGCGGAAAAAUCUAAAUAAAAUUGAUGGUCAAGAGCAAAAGGUUAUCGUAUACAAACAGCUACGUACCUUAUUACAAGAGACUGAUGUUACUUCAUUUAGGGAUAUGAUACAAAAUUUUCAAAUUUCUCUUCUAUCUUCUGGUAAUACCCAAGAAUUUGGUCAAUAUUUUCAAAAAUGUUAUCUGCACAAUAUGGAAUCCUGGGCAUACUGUUAUCGCUUGCAUGCAGGAAUAAAUACAAAUAUGAGCAUAGAACGAAUGCAUCAAACGAUUAAAUAUUUGUAUUUAAAUGGAAGACAAGUACGAAGGCUGGAUAAAACUAUCAAUAUCUUGAUUAAAUUAAUUAAAGACAAAUUGUUUGAACGGCUUAUUACGUUGAAUAAAGGUAAAAUAUCCAGCAAAUUACGAGAGUUACGGAAAAGGCACAAAACAAGUCUUAAUUUAGAUAUGGACACCAUUGUCAUGUCUGAAAUGGGCUGGGAGAUACCAUCAAGUUCAACCAAUGAUAUCUAUUUAGUUCAGAAAAACAAACCCAGUUGUGACUGCCGAUUAGUCUGUGAUUUGUGCCAAUCCUGUCUACAUUCAUAUUCCUGCACAUGCUUGGAUAACAGUAUAAGAUGGAAUAUGUGCAAACACAUACAUCUUGUGUGUCAAUUUAUGAAAGGCCAUCAAAUUCAAGAUACUAAUGCAGAUGAAGAACAUAUAAUAAAUACAGAUGAGGUAAAAAUUAAACAAGCUACAGAGCAAGCUAAAUUUGUGGAAUUUGUGAGUAAGUCUUGUAAUAUCAAUCAAGAAAAAACGUCCAAACAACUGGAAGUUGAAAAACAGAAAUUGAUAGAAAUACAAACCCAAAUAAUUCAAAAUAUAACAACUUUUGAACAACUUGAGGCAUUUAAAAGUAUUACAGCACCCUUGGUGCCUACAUUAAGGACAUUAGCAGAACAUUCUGGAAAUGAACUUAAUAUUGUGGCACUAUCUCAUGGAACACAAAACAUUCCACACAAUAAAAAAGUAGUUGCUCAAAAACGUUUAUUUUCCACCAAGAAAAAAACUACAAAGUCAAAAAAAAGCUGUUAUCAAAACCUGAUGCUGAAGAAACAAAUUUGAUAGCAAAUCAAUUAAUGCUACAAGUAAAUAAUGUGCUCUUUAAUUAGAAUAAAAUCUUUAUUUGUAUACAUUAUUAAUUUGUUUGAUUUUCUCACCUAUUCUAAUUCAUUUUUUUUUUAAUUCAUAUUGAAAAUAUUGUAGGCAUUAAUACUUUAAAAACAUUUACUAACGUACCUACUCUGAAAGCAAUUUAUGAUAUUAUGUCUGUCUUGUAACAUUAAUUCGUAAUUUCAUCAGCACCAAUAAUAUUUAUUAAUACAUAAUAUAAUAAUUUCAAAUUCACAAUAAAAAUAAAACAUAACCUUAUAUAUUUUUAUUUGACAUUUCAAUCGAAUGACCUUGAGAAAGCCAAGGAGCAAAAUUAUUUUAUAAUUUCUAGACGCGAGUGUGUUCAUUGUGGGUAAAUAGAGAGUUGCCAACGUCUUUUAAGUCGACCUGUAAUAAAAGAUCCUUUAUUUUGACAUAUAAGCAUGCGCAGUAUUGCGUCUUUUAUUUUUGUCUUUUAAUAAAAUACAGGCUAAGGAAAAUUAGAGAGUUAUUAUAGAGAGUUAUCGAAACCGUCGUUUGGUAAUAAAAGAUCCUUUAUUUUGACACUUUUGACAUAUAAGCAUGGUUAUUUAUGUCAAAAUAAAGGAGCUUUUAUUAAAGGACGAUGUUAAAUAGGGUUUCGAUAUCUCGCCACCGGGAAA